AUGCGCAAUAUUCAUUUUAAGUAUGAUCUACCUAUUAAUCAAAGUAAGAUUUAUGAAUCUCUUAUUUUCUUAGAAGGUAUCGAGAACAUUAAGAAAAAACAUGAUGCUUUGUAUUCAAUCAGAUAAAAGAAGCUCUAGUAGAUACAUUAAGAAAACAAAUAGUUUUUAAAAAGACUUUUAGAUUCAGGGCCGAAUUACAAUGUAAAGUAAUGGGAAAUUUAGAGAUAAGAUCAAGAAAAGCAGGCUUAAAAGCUAAGCGAAUAUCCAUAUAUAUUUGGUACAAUAAGGAAAAAGAAUAGAAAUAACUAAAGCAGGAAUAGAUCUGAAAAUUUAAGAAAAUCAGCUUAUUCCAAAAAAUUUCAUUCUAGUAGACUUACAAAUUAUGAGUUGGAGAAUGAUACUUUUUAUUCUUUACCUUUAAAUCAGACAAUAAAUGGUCCAUUUGUUAAGAAUUAGCGUUAAAUGACUAAGCAAAUAUCUCCACUUGACUGUAUGAAGUUACCAAAUAUUGACAAUAACAGAAAAGUGAUUUGGAAAUAAUAUACAUUUAUCGAAAAAGAUGAGGAUUAGAGUUUAAUAGAAAUAUCAAGAUCAGAUUUAGAAUAUUUUAUAAUUGCUGAGAACUAGAGAACAUAUCAAAAAUAUAUGAUUAGGUUGACUCUGAAUCAAGGUAAAAGUCUACUGGACUCAUUUUAAUAAUACAUCCCGAAUUUGAUUACUAACUUGAUAUUUAAAUAAGGCAGACUAACUAUUAAGGAUGUGGAGAAGAGACUUAACCUAAAUGAGUAAAUGCAUAUUCCAAAUGAAUCUUUAAAGUAUCCGAAGUCUAAAUCCACUUUAACUAGAAAAUUUCAGCCAAUGUACUAGUCUAUGUCUAAUCCUAAGACGAGCCAAAAGUUAAGGAGUGACUAUGUUAAGGUUAAAGUUAGGAAAACUGACCUUGGCUUUAUUAAUCAAGAUGAUGUAAUACAAAGUAGAAAUGAACAAAUAGAAAGUAAUGGGACAAGAGGUCUUUAAUAUUAUAUAGAUGAGUAUUAAUUAGCUGCUCUUGAAAUUCAAAAGUAAUUUAAUCAAAAGAAUUAGAGAUAUUUUACUGGAUAUACUCAAAAUGAGGAAAAAGUUCAGACUCUUAACUGA